AUGUCAACCAAGAGAAAGCUCCCGACCAAGCUUGGUCAACCAAUGGUGAAGCAAGGUGUCAAAUCGUUUGGAACUGGUCACCUGGAUGAAUCGAAAACCGUGGUAUCAGGUGGAGGAGCUGCAAGCACGGUGAAGACGAAUGGAGCGAAGAAGAACGAAGUGGUUGAAAUAUCCAGCGACGAGGAGGAACAAAGUGACGAUGAUAUGGAGGAAGUCGAGGAGGAUGGAAGUGAUAUCGAAGAAGAUGGCAAUGUCAACGCAGAUGUGACAAUGGGAGAGGAAGGAGCUGAGGCUGCCGAGGAAGAUGGAGAACCAACAUUCGGAGAUCUUGUUCGAGCAAACGCCUUGGAACCUAUCGAUGUUGCUGCCGCUUUCGUAGAUUCCAAAUCUCAAACCCUUUCAUACCCUCAAAAUUCAAUCCAGGCUCCUUCCGGCGCAUCCCUCGGAACAGUUCUUACUCAAGCACUCAAGACAAACGAUGUCGCCUUGUUGGAGUCCUGCUUGCAUACUACGGAUCUGAGUACGAUUAGAGCUACCAUUCAAAGACUCGAUUCUCCUCUGGCCGCAAUCCUACUACAAAAGUUGGCAGAAAGAUUACACAGAAGACCUGGUAGAGCUGGUAGUCUUAUGGUUUGGGUUCAAUGGUCAAUGAUUACACAUGGUGGUUACUUGGCAACUCAAAGAGGUCUCAUCAAGAAGUUGUCCGAGGUAAAUCGAGUUCUCGAUGAGAGAUCAAAGGCUUUACAACAUCUUUUAUCUUUGAAGGGCAAAUUGGAUAUGUUGGACGCACAAAUCGAAUUACGAAGAGGCAUGCAAAACCGAUCAGGAUUGGAUAGCGAGGAUAACGAUGAGGGUGUCAUUUACGUUGAGGGUCAAAGUGAUGACGAGGAGGAAGUGAUCGUGAAUGGAUUACCUCAAAGACUUGCCAAGAACGGAGACCUCGAAGAUAUCUCGGAUUCUGAGAUUGAAGAGGAAAUGCUUAAUGGUAUGGUGGCAGAAUCUGAUGAAGAGGAAGAAGACAGCGAGGAUGAUUUAAUAGAUGAUGAGGCUGAGGAAACCGAUGCGGAUUCUGGAGAUGAGGAUGAAGUUGAUCACGAUGAUAUUGACGAGCAAGGAGAAGAUGAUGAAAGUGAUGAUGCUGAACAAGGACCACCCCGAUCCAAGAUGCAAAAAUUAACCGGCAAUCGUUUCCAAAAUAGAAGAUAA